AUGGCCAUGUGGCUUCUGAGAGGAAGGAAAAAGGAGGCAUUUGUAUUAUUCAGUGAUGUGGCUGUGGACUUCACCCAGGAGGAGUGGAGGCUGUUGAGCCCUGAGCAGAGGACCCUAUAUAGGGAUGUGAUGCUGGAAAACUACAGGAACCUGGUCUCUAUGGGAAUUCCAUUUUCCAAACCAACACUUGUCAUUCUACUGGAACAGGGAGAAGAGCCCUGGAUAAAGGAGAGGGAACAUCUGCCCAGCCCCUGUUUAGCAGACCCAAAGCCAGAAAUUCAACCCUAUUCCUUCUCCCCUCAAACUUUCUGCAGUCAACAAUUAUGCCAACAUGUGCUCUGUGAUCAUCACCUUCAAAUCCACCCAGGCUUGUUUGUAGGAGCUCUCCAGUUAGCAGAUCCCUGCUCAGUGGGUCAGAAGCAGCAGCAGCAAAGACUUUCUGAUCAAAACUUCUGGAAUGACAAAAUGGAAGGUCAAGUCAGAGAAAGUGACUCCAGAUCCUUGUUUGGCAGUACAAGGGAGAUGGUGACUUCAAGCACCUUCUCCAACCCACCCAAAGGACAGUUAAUAAGAUCUAGGGAAGGCAACACAGUGAUGGAAAUGAAGCUCAGCCCUGCAGAGAAGGCAAACUCUGUGGAAACAGACAAAGUAUUAAAGUGGGUAGAAAUCUCAGGAUUUAAAGCAGUCAGUUGUGGAAAUUGUGAGCUAGGCAUUAACCAGAAAUCAGUCUGCUUCACUCAUCAGAGGACUCACUCAGGUGAAAAGCCCUAUGUUUGCAAUGAGUGCAGCCGGGCCUUUAGCUACACAUCAGCUCUCAUCACACACAAGAGGUCACACACGGGGGAGAAGCCUUACCUGUGCAUGGAAUGUGGACAAGCUUUUAGCCAGAAGUCAAAUCUAGUCACACAUAAGACGGCACACUCUGGGGAGAAGCCCUUUGCAUGUGAGGAGUGUGGGAGAAGUUUUAGUCAGAAGUCAACACUCAUCAGACACCUUCGGACACAUUCACGGGAGAAGCCCUUUGUGUGCAGUGAGUGUGAGCGAGGCUUUAGAGAUAAGUCAAAUCUUAUCACACACCAGAGAACCCACUCAUGGGAGAAGCCAUAUGUAUGUAGGGACUGUGGACGACUCUUUAGAGAUAAAUCAGCUCUCAGCAAACACCAGCGGAUUCAUUCAGGGGAGAAUGCUCAUUUGUGCAGUGAAUGUGGCCGAAGUUUUAGCCAGAAAUCGUAUCUCAUUAAACACAAGAGGACUCACUCAGGAGAGAAGCCUUUUGUGUGUCGACAAUGUGGGAGGGGAUUUAGUGAUAAGUCAAAUCUUACCACACACCAGAGGACACACUCAAGGGAAAACCCAUAUAUGUGUGAGGAGUGUGGACGAGGGUUUAAUGUUAAGUCAGCUCUCCUUACACACCAGAGGACACACUCAGGAGAGAAACCUUAUGUGUGCAGAGAAUGUGGACGAGGCUUUAGACAUAAGUCAACUCUCACUACACAUCAGAGGACACACUCAGGUGAGAAGCCUUUUGUGUGCAGAGAAUGUAAGCGAGGCUUUCGACAGAAGUCACACCUCAUCAGUCAUCAGAGAACACACUCUGGGGAGAAGGCUUACAUUUGCACGGAAUGUGGCCAUGGCUUUAGCCAGAAGGCAAAUCUAGUCAGGCACAAGAUGGCGCACUCAAGGGAGAAGCCAUUUGUGUGCAGGGAGUGUGGGCGAGGCUUUAGCCAGAAAUCAGCCCUCUUAAGGCAUCAGAGGACACAUUCAGGGGAGAAGCCUUAUGUAUGCAGGGAAUGUGAGCGUGCUUUUAGCGAUAAGGCAACACUCAGCACACAUGAGAGAACACACUCUGGGGAAAAGUCUUAUGUUUGCAACAAGUGCGGGGAAAGCUUUAGGCUGAAGUCACACCUUAUUAUACACCAGAGGACACACUUGUUAUAG